ACAGAGGCAGAGGAAAAGAAGAAAAAGAGAGUUUAGCAAUCGAAAUUCCACUGAGAAAAAUCCAUCAGCAGUUGUAGAAGAAAGCAGCCGAGGGUAAAAGAAAAGAAAAAAUAAAAAAAGGAUAACUGACGUGAAAAAACACAUGCCAUAUUAGGAGACAGUGAGGGGGAGGUGGUUUUAGCCAAAAACUGCUGAUUCCCAUGCAGACGCGUCUUUAUAUUCACCCCCACCAACUCCUCAACUUAACAAAAGGCUUUCUUUUUCUCUGUCUCUCACUUUCUUUUCUCUUUUUCUCUGUCUUUUCUCUGCAAUUCCAUGCUAAUUUUUCAGCACUGAUGAUGGAGAAACUGCAAUAGUGGGGUUCAAAUAAAAGAAAAAAAGAUAAACCCAGUAAAGAAAGAUAGAGUGAGAAAAAAACUGAUCAACCCACAGUUCAGAAUUCACUAAUCUUGUUUUGUUUUCUUGUUGGGUUUUUCUUUUCUUUUAUUGUAGUCCUCGUUAGGUAUCAUAAAUUUUGUAUUGUUUUUUCUUUUCUUUCUUUUUGGGGGGUUGUGUGAAAGGGUUUUGUCUACAUCUAUUGAAUCUUUUUAGUAUGAUAUAGAAAAAACCAAUUUCUUUUUUGAAUUUUGGACUGCAUUGAGAGGAGAUAAAAGAAAGUGGAAGGUAGAAAAAAAGAAAAGGAAGAAGCAAAAGCAAAGCCAAAAAAGAAAGCUUUAUUACAUUAUAGGAAACAAAAAUACAAAACCUUCUUUCCUUUGAUUCAUUGCACGUCUGGUCUCUUUGAUGAUGACCCGUGAGGGUCUCUAUGCAUGUCUGUUCUGAAGUCUCUCCAGAUAGAUUCUCACUGAGAAAUUGAGGUAGCAAUAGCCGAGAAAUAAGGGAGAUUAAAGUGAAAUCUUUCUUCUUCUUUAUUGAUUUUUUUUGUCAUGGGUUUGUAGUUAACUGUUCAGAAAUGGAGGCCACAGAGUUGUAGCAGAGACAAGGAGAGGUGUUCCAUGGGGCCUUCGGUUUUGUUUUCUGGUUUCUGGGUUUUGUAAAGAUGGUGGUUUCGACUCUGUUGAUAUUGCCCUUGUUUUCCUCAUUCGCAUAUAUUAACCUCAAAAGAGGAGAAACAGAAAAUUCCUUUUUUUUCUUACCUUUGAAGCUUAAAGUUGCCUUGAAAGGUUAAUUCUUUCAAUCAGCAACAGCUUCUUGGUAAAAUCCCAAUAUUUUCAGGGCAAGAAUAAUACUGCCAAAUUUUCAAUUGAUGCCCUAAAAGAGAUCAAGAGCGAGAAUCAGCAAGCAAAGUUUUAGAUUUUAAUAAUGGCAGACUGUGGCGCUACUCCUCCAAGUCCCACAGACAACAAGCAACAAAAGAAGCCCACCUCAUUUCCUAGGUUGUUCACUGGUUUUACUUUAAAAGCCUUUUCUGAUAAUACUGAGGCUGUUAUGAGCCCAACGUCUAUACUUGAUAGCAAACCCUUUUCAGCUUUCAGAAACCCAUUUUGGUCUGAAUCAAGCAUCCCCAAAACCCCAGAACCUGAAACUAGACACAAACUUGACACUAAAGGGGUUGGUCUUGCCAUUGUUGAUGCUCUCAAAGAUGAUGAUUCUGAUUCCAACUUGUCAAAAUCUGUCCUGUUUGGUUCACAACUAAGGAUCCAAAUUCCAUCUCUGCCCCCUGUUUUUUCUCCAGCAGAAUCUCCUAGAACACCUCCUGAGUUUGGUAUCAAGACAAGGAAUUCUCAAUUGAGUUCAUUUUCAUCUGGCAUGUCUCCUUCUCCAGUGAGGAAAAGCAUUGAGACCUUGAAUUCUCCUGGGGUCUUCGCUGGGAGUCUCUCAGCUACUGAGAUGGAACUCUCAGAAGAUUACACUCGUGUAAUAUCUCAUGGGCCUAAUCCAAGAACCACCCAUAUUUUUGAUAAUUGCAUUGUUGAGAGCUGUUGUGGGGCUGUUGGGUUCUCUUCUUUGAAGAGGGAGAAUGGAUUUUUGGCUGAUAGAUCUAGUUACCAAUCGGAGAGUUUUCUCAGCUUCUGUUACACUUGCAAGAAGAAUCUUGGACAGGGAAAAGACAUUUACAUGUACAGAGGGGAGAAAGCAUUUUGCAGCAGAGAAUGCAGGUACCAAGAGAUGAUGCUAGAGGAAGGGAUAGAUGAACUAGAAUCUGAUGAUAUCUUUGGGACUUGUUCUUGACGUUUGUUUUGAUCUUCAUCAGUCUUUUUUCUUUCCCUCCAAGAGCCAGCCAAGAAAAUGUAAACCAACUCCACUACCUUGUUCACAGACCAUCAUAAAAGUAUUGGUGGAAAUAAAAAAAAAAAAAACCAAGUACUGGAUUAUAUAUAUCUUUUAAGCAUUUUAAGCUGCUUAGAUGUUUGAAAUUGAACCUUGGUUUACUCCUUACAUCUCUCUCGUCGGGUGGAGGGAUGGAGCAAAAGGCUCUGAUAUUUGUAGAAUUCAUUUUCUUGCAAGUGAUAAUUGGGUGAUUACUGUUGGGUUUUUGUCCACGGUUUUUGGUUUUCAAAGUUGGUGGCAAAUGGCAAUGAUGAUCAUUCUGAUUUGUGACUUAAA